UGUCAAAGUCACUCCUCCUGUCAAUAAACCAAAAUAAAAUAAAAAUAUAAACAAAAACUCAAAAUUGUUUGAAAUCGAAAAUUCUUGUUUAUUGGUGCAUUGUGUGCCCCCAAAAUUGAGCUAAAGAUGCAGUCUCAUCUGGCCGCAGCUCUCUUAGGGCAAAACUCUAGUGCUCCUAGUCAUUUAGAUGAUGACGAGAAUAACAGCUUUCGGGAGGAGGAUACUGAGGUGGAACCAGAAGAUUUUGAUGAGGAAACCGGGAGUGAAACUCCACCAGAAAAUCCAAUUGAAAAUGGUACAGAAAAACCUCCUGAAGUGCGCCAAGUGGUCGGAAAAGACCCCAGUAAUAGAACUGUUACUUUGCAGAUGCUUUUGUCUGCUGGCAUUUUAAAGCCUGGUGCUGGAGCUAUGACUAUUGAAUAUUUGGGUCAAAAAUUCGUUGGAGACCUUCUCGAAGACGGGAAAAUCCGAAGCCAAGAGACCGACAUUAUAUUCGCAUCUCCUAGUGCUUGGGCCAUCGCUUGUAAGCGUUUUAUUAAUCCCGAUAAAAAAUCCGGGUGCGGUUGGGCUUCUGUAAAGUACAACGGCAAGAAACUGGACGCUUAUAAGAACGUUUGGUAUAAGAAAAAAAAGGACGAGGAAAAGGAGCUAGAAAAGCAACUGGAAAAGGAGUUGGCAGCAGCAAAUACUUUAAACUUGGAGCAACUUUUGAAGACUUCUACUUCAGUGCCAGCUACUUCCAGCAGUACAACUACUACUCCCGCCAUGUUUCACAGAUUUGUUGUCAAACAUAACACUAUUACUAAUAGAACCCUUACACAUGACGCAAACACAAUGAUAGACUGCGUGCCAUUUUCAAAUCUAGGAAAAAUCCAACCGUUUUUGGUGUCUUUGCACACAAACGCCGCGAUGCUAAUGGAUUUCCACUGUCACUUGACAAAAUCCGAAGUUUCCGGUUACUUGGCCGGACAUUGGGAGGUCAAUUCUCAUAAUCUUCAAAUAACGCACGCGUUCCCGUGUAGAAACACAAAAUCGGAUCGCACUAAUGCCCCCCAAGUAGAGGCGGAAAUCGCGAAAUGUAUCGAAAAUGAAAAAUUAACUUUGGUGGGUUGGUACCAUUCUCACCCUUAUGCCGCCGCCGCGCCCACCCUUAGGGACGUAGACGCCCAGCUAGAGUAUCAAAUUAAGAUGAGAGGCACCCACGAUAACAGCUAUACACCUUGUAUUGGAAUUAUUAUAUCUCCGUAUAACUACGAAAACGUCAGUCUAGAGUCCUCCAUCAUGGCCUACUGGGUGAUUCCCCCGCCAGAAACAAAACCCAACGAAUACGGCCGGCCCAUGUUGAUGUCAUACAGUGUAGUCCAAGAUCCGUCGCUCACAUCCCAUGUAAAAACCGAAUUCAACCGAUGCAUAGACUACUACCAAAAAGAACACGACUACGUGAAUUUCAGCGAGAAGUUCCUGGGAAACACCUUCUACAUAGAAAAGUUAAAAAGCAGUUUAGUGAGUAAAUUCCCGAGGGAAGAAAGUGAGAACGAGGUAUGGCGGUUCAUAAGGGAAAGCCUCAAAUGUUCCGUCGAAGAAAAGGAGAGCAAUAGUCCCAAAACGGCCCCGUUAUUGCCCACUUUACAACCACCCACUUCCGGGUUGGGCAUGUUAAGUUCUGACAUAUCCAGUUUGUUGUUUAACGCCGGGAAGUAUUCUACUCCAAGCAGUUUGCUUGGACUACCUGAUCCGAUGGCCCACAGCACUCUGGCCGCCAACAAUAUGUUUUUACAAACGAAUUUGUUUAAGAUGCAAGAGCUUCUAAAGCCGUUUUCUUCUUCUACUGCUUCCCCUUCUUCGUCAGCAAAAACUUCCGCGAAAAGUUUUCACUAUGAACGAUCAUCCCCGUCAAAAACCUCCAAGGAAACCAAACUCCCUGCCACCGAUUUUUCCAUGGAUCUUAUGAACAAAAUGAACUUUUUAUCUCCAGAUAUGAGUUUACUGAAAAAAGACUCUUUUGCAGCGGAAUAUUUGGCUAAUCUAGCAAAGUCUUCUAAGUCGGACUUUUAUAUGCCCAAUAUAAGUAUUACUAAGACUUCAAGUCCUAGCACUGCCAGCAUUUACAACGAUUACUCUUUAAAUCUUAAACAUUCAUAUGAUGAUGAAAAGCCCGCAAAAGUCCCCAAAAUCGAUUAUAACAUGGCGGGAAUGUUGGAUUUGAGCUAUAGUAAGGCUAGCGUAAAUACGAGUACGGCUUCAGAUACCGCUAGUGAGGCCCCCACUGAUCUAAGUAUGCCCGAGAAUAGCGUGAGUGAAAGUGAGGCCCCUCUUAACUUAGCGACGGAUUAAUUCAAGUGUUUUGCUGGUAAAAGUGUCGUAGGGUAAAAUGUCUCGUGAAAAUCAUGUUUUUUUUUCACUAUGAAUUUUGUCAAAAUAAAGUAGUAAGGUAAAUAACCAAUUAUUGACAGUACAAGGGGGGUAUAUUAUGUAAUGUAAUAUUUUUUAUAUAACAUUUUGCAGUAAAAUUUUGCUACAACAUA